AUGUCUCUAUUAUUAUCAGGAUGGCCAGACUCAUCAGAAUCUCGUCAGCGUAUGUUGGAAAGCUCAUCCAGCACCAACUUUCCAACGGCUUAUGCUUAUCCUGAGGUCUCACGUUACUUAACAUUCCGUGGGUUUUUACGGAGAGUAAAAAAUGCUUUGAUCUUAACUGUUACUCCAUUGCUUUUCCUUCCACUACUACUCAGUCCAAAACAGGAAUGGAGAUGUGCCUUCUGUGUUUGUGUCGUAGCAGUUUAUUGGAUGUGCGAAGUAAUGCCUUUGGCAGUUACAGCCAUGUUACCAGUCGUUCUAUUUCCUUUAACAGGUGUAUUAGACUGUAAUACAACUGCUAAAGAAUUUAUGAAUGAUACAAACUUUCUCUUCAUUGGAGGACUGAUAAUGGCCACAGCUGUUGAAAAAUGUGAUUUGCAUCAGAGGGUAGCUUUAUCUGUUCUUAAAAUGGUCGGAGGAGAACCUAAAUGGAUCAUGCUUGGAUUCAUGCUCGUCACGGCUUUGUUAAGUAUGUUCAUCUCUAACACAGCCACAACAGCUAUGAUGGUUCCGAUUGGUCAAUCAGUCAUUUCUCAGCUGAUCGCCUCAUUUGAAUCUCAUCCACAAAAUAAUGAAGCCGGAAGAAGAGGAUGCAAGAAAAUGGCUACGGGAUUAGUGAUGUCCAUCUGUUUUGCUGCUAACAUCGGAGGAACAGGAACGGCCACAGGAACUCCUUCAAAUCUUGUGAUGCUCGGACAAUUGGCAAACUUAUUCCCUAACUCUGAUGGAAGUCUAAACUACAUUUCGUGGAUAGUAUUUGCUUGUCCACUGAUGUGUGUUUGUCUGUUUGUAGCUUGGCUUAUUCUCUGCUUCUUCUUCUUACGCACUGCUCCAGCUAAAGACGAUCACAUCACUGAACUGCUCCACUCAAGAUACGAUAAAUUGCCAAGGAUAAGUUAUGCUGAGAAAUCUGUUUGCUAUUGUUUCGGCCUUCUUCUCUUCCUCUGGAUUUUCCGUAACCCAGGAAUCUUCGAAGGAUUCGGCAGUCUCUUCCCUAAAGGGUUCUACACCGAUGCUACUUCUGCAAUGAUUGUUUCUUUCCUUCUUUUCGUACUACCCAAUGAAAAACCUGACCUCUUUACUUAUGUAAAAGACGAUGACCUUAAGAAGAAAGAAUGUCUAAUGGAUUGGCCCACCAUGCAAAAAACUUUCCCAUGGAGUGUUGUUCUUCUUUUGGGUGGAGGAUUCGCUUUGGCUGCUGGAGUCAAAGAAUCUGGGUUAUCCGUACAAAUUGGAAUUUCAUUGGCUGAGCUCAGCCACUUGCCUCUUUGGGUUCUUCAACUCUUAACUAUGGCCAUUGCUAUGGUCAUUACGAACAUUUGCAGUAACACCGUUACAGCCAGUAUUUUCGUCCCCAUCGUAGCAACUUUGGCUCAACAAACGGGUGAUCAUCCAUUCACUCUGAUGUUACCAGUCACUCUAGCUUGUUCCUUUGCCUUCGUUCUGCCUGUUGGAACUCCACCAAAUGCCAUUGUAUUCGGAAGUGGAAUGGUCAAAGUAUCAGAUAUGGCAACCGUUGGAAUCGUUGUGUCCUUAGUGACUCUACUUCUCACAAUAGCUUAUAUGAAUACUGUAGCUCUUCUUCUGUUACCGUUGAACGAAUUCCCUGCUUGGGCUGUCAUGGAAAAUGCCACACAAGCUCUUUAA